AUGCCUGGCCAUAGUGACAUAUGGGGUGUAUGGAAGCAGGACUUGGUAGUAGGGAAACCAAACCUAGAACACCCGAACGCCCAGCUCGACAUUACCAAGGAUGCGACAUACGAUCAUAUAGGUAGUUUAAUUGGAACAGUUGAUAGAUACUUCGGGUCCUCCCUCCAUCACUUUGGGGGAGAUGAAGUGGCCUAUAUUUGGCAGACGGAUGAUGAUAACGAACUUGUUGAGAUGUUUCUUGGGUGGCUCAAGUCUCUUUGCCCCAGCAAGAUGUCGAUCAUAUGGGAUGACCCCGUUACGGAUAAGGGAAAAUGUUUAAACAUCUCCAAGGACUGGGUUGUUCAAACAUGGCACGAUGGUGUCACGGAAGAAGUGCUGGACAGGGGCCACCGUGUCAUCGUGUCUGAAGCGGACUCAUUUUACAUUGGAAAUUCCGACUACACGAAAGUGUCUUCAUUUGAAUUCCCGGCACAUAGAAAUGUUUUGGGGUUUGAAAUCGUCUGGUUUACUUCAAAACGAGACAACCCAACAGAUAUCUAUCAAAGCUGGCUCAUGGAACCUAUUAAGGCUGCGUCAAGAAUUAGAAAGCCAAGUCAAGGUGGGUAA